AUAUUUGUCGGUAUUCCCGAAAUACCCUUGUUUCGAUUUUCUCACCUAAAAAUCUUUGCCCCAAAAAUUGCAAAUUCAACGACUCCUCUCGGCGAUGAUGGAACGAACCUACGGCCGCCGUAAGCCGGGGAUUCCGAGGACCCUAUCCGACUCUCUUAACGACUCCGUUUCUCAGACUGAAUAUCUCUCUUCCUCUUCGUCGCCGGACAUCGAGCCCAUUGAUUACUCUCUCCUUCCUUUCUCCAGUCAAGAGUCUUCCUCUCUCUGGCAUUCUUCUUCCAGGUCAGAUUUCAGAGAGGAUUAUCCACAGAACGGAGGCGUUGUACGGAGGGCGAAAAGAGUCAGGAACGGUGCUGAGGCUGCUGCUUUUACUUCCACUUUGCUUGAGGCUCAGGAGUUUGGUGAGCUGAUGGAGCAUGAGGAUGAGGUUAACUUUGCGCUUGAUGGCUUGCGGAAAGGACAACAGCUCAGGAUCAGAAGAGCAAGCUUGUCCUCUCUAUUGUCGAUUUGCGCAUCUCAACACCAGCGUCGCUCCUUGAGGGCUCAAGGGAUUUCCCAAUCCAUAAUUGAUGCGAUUUUGGCUAUUAGCCUUGAUGACAUACCAAGCAAUCUUGCCGCAGCCACCCUUUUCUUUGUGCUAACUGCUGAUGUAAGUGACUUGCAGGGUCAAGACGAGCACUUUAUGGAGUCACCCAAGUGCAUCAAGUUUCUGAUAAAGCUGUUGAAACCUGUGAUUGUCACUAGCACCGAAGGGAAGCCACGCAAUAUAGGAUUUAAGCUCUUAUCAUUACUUAAGGAUGUUGAUGCAGCACGGGAUCCAGUGAAAAUGAAUGAUCCAAGCUCCAGUGAUAUACUUUCAAGAGUUCAGGAACUUCUUGUUAAUUGCAAAGAAAUGAAAUUGAAUGAUAGCUAUAAAACUGAAACAACGAGGCCUGAGCUAAGUACGAAAUGGGUAGCUUUGUUGGCCAUGGAGAGGGCGUGCUUAUCCAAAAUUUCUUUUGAUGAUACUUCUGGUUCUGUGAAGAAGACUGGAGGGAAUUUCAAGGAGAAACUGCGAGAACUAGGAGGACUUGAUGCAGUCCUUGAGGUUGUUAUGGAUUGUCACGCUGUUAUGCAGCGUUGGGUGGAAUACGAUGCACUUUCCGUCCAGGAAAAGAAAGAUAAUCUGCAUAAACAGAGUUUAAUGUUGCUUCUGAAGUGUCUGAAACUCAUGGAGAAUGCUACAUUCCUCAGCACAGAAAACCAGAAUCAUUUGCUCGGAUUUAAGAAAUGUUUGGGUUCUCAUGAUUCCCGAAUGUCUUUCACAGAGCUCACGAUAAGUGUCAUCAAGAUGCUUUCAGGUCUUUACCUUCGUGGAGGUUUUCCAAGUCCUAACACGAACAAUGUGAAUUCUCACUAUUCAAAUGGUGGUAAUCGUGAUUCUAUUUUGGAAGCAGAUCGGAAAGUUACCAAUGAGGUUGUGACAAUCAGUUCAGAUACAUGCUCGACCUUUGGCUCUAUCUCCACGAGGAAUGGGAGUGUAUCCCAAAGAAGUCAAUCAAUAAUCCAUUUAGAUUUCUCGCCAACAUCAAUGUCGGGUUCUCAAUCAAGUGUGUCGGGGAAUGAGCCUACUACGUCAAAAACAAGAGUCGGUUCCACCAUCUCUGGUUCAUUUGCAGGGAGAUUAGCGUCAUUGGGUAAUGGCAUUGCCAGAAGUACUUCAAGGACUAGUCAAGCUGGAGAACCAAUCUGUAAAAGAAUUGGAGAGUUUGCAUCCCCCGAUGAAAGCGAAGAUCCUUUUGCGUUUGAUUUGGAAGAUGCUAAACCUUCCAAGUGGGCAGUAGUGUCCGUAAACCAAAAGAAGUCUAGAGCUCAAAAGAAGAAAGGAUGCUACAAACAAAGUAAAGAUGAAAGUUUGUAUCAGCUGUUCUCAAGCCAAGAAGAAUCGUCAAACCAUAGGUUGAAUUCCCAAGAAGAAUCAAGUAACAGAGACUGCAGUACAUCGCUCCAACCAUCUUCUUGUACAAAUGACAUAGAUGAAGAAUGUCUCUGUCUUUUAUCUGAUUGCCUUCUAACAGCCGUAAAGGUUUUGAUGAACUUAACAAAUGACAACGCUGUCGGAUGUCGACAAGUUGGUGGGUGUAGAGGGCUGGAAAGCAUGGCUGAGUUAAUUGCCAGACACUUUCCAUCUUUCACCAAAUCUCCGCUUUUCAGUGAGAUGGAAAAGACAGGAUCGUCCCAUCAGAAGAAAGACAAACAUCUUACAGAUCAGGAGUUAGAUUUUCUUGUUGCCAUCUUGGGCUUGCUGGUAAAUUUGGUUGAGAAAGACGGAGUGAACAGAUCACGGCUUGCUUCAGCGAGUGUUCCUAUUACAAAACCAGAAGGGUUGCAAGAGAGUGAACAGGAAAUGAUUCCUUUACUCUGUUCAAUCUUUCUCACCAAUCAAGGAUCAGCAGAGACCAAAGAAGAGACAACUACUUUCACCUUAGAUGAUGAGGAAGCUGUUUUAGAAGGCGAAAAAGAGGCGGAAAAGAUGAUUGUGGAAGCAUACUCUGCUCUACUACUCGCCUUUCUUUCAACUGAAAGUAUAAGUAUACGCAACUCCAUCAAGGACUAUCUCCCGAAACGCAAUCUGGCAAUUCUUGUUCCGGUUUUGGAAAGAUUUGUGGCUUUUCACAUGACUCUGAACAUGAUCCCUCCGGAGACACAUAAAGCAGUGAUGGAAGUGAUUAAAUCAUGCAAAUUACCGUAAACAGGGAUCGGAAAAGGGCAAUUAAUUCUUCAUUCUCCAUUUUCUCUGUACAGCUUCUGCAAAAAAAAAAAAAAAAAAAAAAAAGAACUUGGAAUGCUUUGGGGUGAGAUCACUAACUCUGGUGAUCACAUCGAUGAUGUAUGAUAUAAGGCUACAAUUAGUGCGUUAGUUCUCUCUUUUAGAGUUUUACUGUUUGUCUCGGCUUAGGUUUUGUUUAGUUGUCUUUUACAGUUUUACUCAUACACUCCAUUCUUUUUGUAGUUUUCUUGACUAAUCCCAUAUAUACAAGUUUGCUCAACCACUUUUUCUUA